AUGCAAUGGACGAUGGGUGAUAUGAAUGGACAAGUGGUAGCUGGUGGCAAUGGUCAAGGAAAUCGACUGGAUCAAUUGGAUCGCCCAACUGAUGUGAUAAUUGACAAAGAAACGGAUAGUCUCAUUAUUUGUGAUCAAUGGAAUCUACGAGUCAUACAAUGGUCUCGUCGUAGUGGCACAACUCACGGAGAAAUCCUCAUCGACAACAUCAGUUGUUUUGGAUUAGCCAUGGAUGAUCAGAGAUAUCUCUACAUCUCUGACAGCGGAAAUCAUGAAGUAAAACGAUAUCAAAUAGCAGACAAGAUUGGUACUAUCGUGGCUGGUGGCCAUGGCGAAGGUGCUGCUCUCAAGCAAUUCAACUGGCCAAGAUAUCUCUUUGUUGAUAGACAACAAGCUGUCUACGUAUCAGACUAUUACAAUCAUCGUUUGAUGAAAUGGAAUAAAGGUGCAAAAGAAGGAAUUGUCGUCGCAGGUGGUCAAGGCGAAGGGAAUACUCUGGCACAGUUGUCGCAUCCUAACGGACUGUUCGUCGACACGUGCGGGACUAUCUACGUGGCAGAUGAGGGGAAUCAUCGAGUGAUGCGUUGGCCUAAAGAAGCGAAACAAGGCAGUGUCAUUGUCGGUGGAAAUGGUAAAGGAGAAGGAGCUAAUCAGUUCCAUGGUCCCAAUGGUUUAUCUUUGGAUCGACAUGGCAAUCUCUAUGUGGUAGACUUUGGCAACUUUCGUGUUCAACAUUUUUCUAUCCAAUAG